AAGCAAAUGCAAAAGAGGGAGGGAAAAAGAAAAGCCAAGGUCCCGCUACCAAACAACAACAAAGCAGCAACGCCAGCAGCGCCCACACGACGGAUCUCGAUUAUUGAUUUUCCCCCCUGCAAGCUGAAUGCAAAAAUGCAUUCCGACAGUGUGUACCGGCUCGUUGACGAGCUGGUCGAGGCGAUUGGGCAAGAGUGCGGUGCGCGGGCGGACGGCAAAACGGUGAAAAAGUGUAAAUCGCGAGCAUUUGGAAUAUUGCUGGGCAAACCGGACCAUCGAGCACCGCCACCGCGAGUUGGGGCGAGCGUAUCGGAAUGCCCCGUUACACCCGCGCCAACCGAUCCGCUCGCAAUGCUGGAAUGCCAUCAGUUCGAGAUGCAGAUGACGGCCCGGUACAAAUAUCAGAUGGUGCGGUGCGAACGGUUCGAGCGGCUGCUGGAUCAAAUCCGACGCGACACCUGCGGCGAAUGGCCGCUGGCCGAAUCCGACUGUUCCUUGUUGGAGUUUUUGCUGUCGCUGAAAAAUUCCACCUCCGACCGCGGUGACGUGCUGGCGGAGAACCCGUUCUUUGGGCACAGCAAAAUGCCUGCCGCACGCUACGGACCCUACCCGAUCUUCCGACCCGAGGACUUCCACAUCGAUGGCCGGCUGGUGGCCGCUUGCUACGACCGGAAAGCGAAUCCGUAUCUCUUCCGCGCCACUAAUGGUGUCUUCACCGCAAACAUUGCCCACAUACUUGCAAACGAAUCGGCGCGGAACGAUCCGCUGGCGGCCGAUUGUUCCUAUUUUAGUGACAAAAUGGCAAGCUUGAACCAUUACCAGGGUCCGUUUCGGUACAAUCUGCUGCGAGCGGUUCGGCAAGCGACCAACGGUGAACCGCCGUACGAGCUUGUCACGAACUUUGAGCUAGUUCCUGCGGGAAAGCCAGCGAAACCGGUGGAAGAAUCGCUCAUAUUUGGUAUGAAUUGGGAAAAUCUCGGACAGCAGUAUGUGCCGGAAGAGAAACCGUUCGCGUCCGAGUGUGCGGGAGCACUGUUUCGGUUCACCGCGGUGCAGGCGAGUGCAAUGGGGCAUGCACUUUCGGAGAAGAAAGUCGUUUCGCGGGCCAAUUUCAUACGCGACAUUAAAUUUCUUAUUACCGGUGUAAGCUCCAGCUUGUUCCAUUUUGACGAGCGCAAUCGCUUCCGCGCACUUCCCAACAUUACGAUCGAGGAUGUGCGCAUCGAAUCGAUACAAUCGUUUGUGGAUCAAGCGCUCGAAAUCGGCACCUGCUUCCGACGGCUGCUCAUGAUGACCCGCAAAAACCCGUACACGCUCGAGCUCAUCAUGGAAGGGUUCGUGUUUAGGGCGUUUUGUGAGAGUGUGGAAAACUUCCUCUGCUGCUACCGCGUGCUCGUAAACAGCUACGCCGGGGAAUCGAUACUGCAGCUGCUGCAAAUGCUUUCCCCGGCCAACGAGCAGCUGCUGUCGAUGGCAAAAUUGUGCAGCCUGCAUCCGGGCAAUGAGAGCGAUCGCGAGUUUCCGACCGGUUCGAUGCUGCUCGAUCAUCUGUACCGGGAGCUGAUACAGGUGACGCAGCCCAGCGUGAGCGUGUUCCUGCUGUCGACGCUGCGGCGGUGCUGUUUGGAGUAUUUUGCGAUCUUCCAGCGGUGGCUGUUUCAGGGCCAGCUGCACGAUCCUUCCGGGGAGCUGUUUGUGUUUUUUGUCGAUCACUAUCGAUCGAACACGAAGCAUUUCUUCGAUAAGGCGUACUUUAUCCGGCGGAAGAGUGUGCCGGGAUUUCUGAAGGGCUACGAUGAGGACAUUUUGCUGUGCGGAAAGUACGUGAUGCUGCUGCGAGCGUUUCGACCGUUGCACCCUCUCUUCACCCUGCGCCAUCCCGAGCUGACCGUGUGCCUUUCGUUCGCGGAAAUCCAGACGAUGCGCACGCAAUGGUUGCGCUACGUCGCCAAGGCGCGCCAGCUCUGCGGCCCGGCCGUGUCCGUGCGCGAGCUGUACGAAACAAAGCAGAGCGAGCAGGUCGAGUUCUACCGCCUGGUGGAGGAAAACUUCCGCACUUACAUGGACGCGUGGCGGGUGGAGCAGGAAACGGAAGCGCAGGAGCAGAAGCGCCGCAAGCAGAAGCAGAUGGCCGACCUGCUCGACCACCUGAACGAGAUCCGAGAGAGCAAGCUGCUGGCGAAGCGGGCGGAGCUGCAGGAGGAGCUGGCGCUCGAGCAGGCCCGCAUCGAGCAGGAGAAUCGGCAGCUGCUGGGGGAAAAUUUGGAGCUUACCGGUCGGGUGAAGAAGUACACGGCCCUGAACACGCUGAUGGAUGAGAAGCUGGAGGCGCUGCGGGCCGCGUCCGGCGAGCUGAGCAUUGUGCCGGUGGUAACGGUGACAGUGGACGGGACGGACGGGACGGUGAGUGAGGAAGCUCCGUUUGAGAGUUGUCGCGAGAGCCGUGCGAGCAACGUGACAAGCGUAUCCAUCUACGAGGAUGCACAAAAGUCACCUGCGUGCAGUGUGGACUCGUCGCCGUACGGGGCGGACAGUACGAGCAGCUACGGUUCCGCCGGGAAGGGCGAUCUUUCCACGUCCGGUGCGGAAGAUCUGGACUGUACGCUCGUGGAGGGACCGAUCGUGCCAACGGUGGAGUCGCCGACGGCCGUGCUGGACAGUGAUCGCCUCAAUUCGAACGUUCCAACCGUCAGCGAAGGGGAACGGAACCGGGCGAAGGUGUUGGGCUCGACGGUGGGCGACUUUCUGAACGAGGAUCACGCAAACGCCAACGUGGAGCAGCUGGUCGGGGCCACUGCGAGUGUGGGACUGCGCAAACUGACGGAGGCACAGCGCAACAAGCUUAAAAUCCUAUCGCAAGAGUUUGAAAUCGCUCCGCCGGACGAGCCCGCCACGAUGGAUGAGAACUGUAAUCGGCUGGCCGAGCGGCGGAAGAAUCGGGAGCGCAUUCUUAUAAGCGAUUACACCAGCAGGGAGGAGGAAGCGGCACCGGGUGGUCAGCCGGUGCCGGGGCGGGAGCUGAGCGAGCUGCAGAAGAAUCGCAGGAAGAUUAUGAGCCAAGAGUACAAUCUGCUUACGGACGAGGCGGUUUGGGAUGGCACGGGCGGACGGGAUCCGAACCAGAAGCGCACGAUGUACUUGAACCUGGACUCGGACCGGGCGCGGAACCGGCGCCGAAUACUGGAAUCGGAGUUCGACAUUGCGACCGGGGUGGAAAACUUUCCCGCCUCACCGAUGUCCGUGGACAGUGAUACGGUGGACGAGUCGGCCAGUCCAUCGGUGGCGAUGACCGCCUCGGGCACAACGCCAACCAUCACUGGCGAGCAGGACGUUAAUGCGAAUCCGGUAGCAGGAAAAGGAGCCGGCCUAAAGCUGGACGUUCUGGCGGCGGCCGAUGCAGCGGAACGGUUUGGCAUCGAGCGGCGAUUUGGCAUUCCCGAUACGGCCGCGCUAGAGCUGCAAACCCCGGCCAGUGCGAUGAAAGCGACUGGCGAGGUAGGGGACGCUCUCGAUGGAGGGUUUGAUUUUACGCGCGCCCAAGCACUGGAACGAAGGGAAGGGCCGAGCGGUUGCAAUAGCUUGGUGCCGGUGGCCGCUUCCGGUGUUGCUGUGGAGCUGACCGAGGAGGAGGAUGACGAGAUUUAUCGCGAAUUUGUCGCUGCAAUGAAGCAGCAAAGUGAGAACUUUUGUCGACUAGCGAUCCCGACGUCGGAUAGCGACACUUCGGCACACGUAGGCGCUUCAAAAGCACUGGAAAAGGAGCUCAACAGUGUGGACGUCCUUACGAUCACACGCUUCCUGCAGUACUCGCUCGUCAUUCCUCUGAAAGCGCACAUGGAGAUCGUGAACAACGAGAUACUGAAGAUGUAUCUGUACGAUCUGGACGUGCUCGGGCAUUUCGAAAGCCUCCGCAACUACUUCCUCCUGAUGGACGGUGAGUUUUCCACCCACAUCUGUGACAAUCUGUUCCAGCGGCUCGAAACCGUACGCACGCCGGAGGAGCUGCUGAACUACCAAACGCUUCACUCCAUCCUGGAUGGGGCGCUGUACUCGAGCAAUGCCGGCACGGACCGUAAUGCCGACCGGCUGUCCUUCAUCGUGUGCCAGGUGCCGGAAAAGUUUGACCUCUACUCGCCGAACGUGUUCAGCAUGCUGAACCUUAGCUACCGGGUCGAGUGGCCCCUCAAUCUAAUCUUCUCGAACGAAACGAUCGAACAGUACACGAACGUGUUCAAAUACCUGGUGAAGGUUCGCCGCGUUAGCUACGUGCUGGAGGAUUCCUUCCAGCUGCUAAAGGAAGCGAGCAGGCGGCUGGGGAAACCGUUGCUCCAUUCGCCCCAGUACGCCCGGGUGCAGCUGAUCCGCCACAAGCUGUCCCAUCUGGUGAACGCGCUCAAGAACUACAUCACGAGCAGUGCGCUGCACGCGUCCUGGGAAACGUUCCGGGAGGAUCUGCAGGACGCGACGGAAACGAUGGAAGACCUGUUCCGCAAGCAUCGUACGUACCUGAAGCGGGUGAUCUUCCUGUGCCUGCUGAACAGGAGAAGCAUCGAGUUUUACAACAACAUCGAGCAGAUCUUUCGCGUGGUGUUGCGGUUCUACAGGCACCUGCGUUCGAAGGAGUGGCGGCUGCAGGAGGAAUCGCAGCAGUACUACGUGCAUCCACGCUACCGGUCGAUGCUGGACGAUGAGAUCGACUUUGAGAAGCUGAUCAAGUACACGAUCUUCCUCGGGAACAAGAUGUACGACCAUGGGUACCAGAAGGAAAUAUCCGAGUUCCUGCACGUUAUCAAUAUCAAUGGUUAUUACGAUGAUGUGAAGCCUGCUGCUAGUUAAAUGGUGUUGUCUGUUUCUUUGCACAAAGGUUUUGUUGAGGUUACAGUGAUGGUCUGUGAUGGCCAGAGUUUCGUUCCAGCUGAAAGCGACCGGUAAUAAUUUCCUUCUUGUUUUACACAGUUAAUCGUUACUACUUCCCAAGUCAAUCGUUACUACUUCCCAACUGUACAGUGCACACUCGAAUAUUGAAGAUCUGUUUCGGUAGGAUAACUUAUGCUACUGUUAGUAUGUGUUUUUUAUGUAUUUAUAAAUGUACAGUCGUUUAGCAAAAUGUCUCCGAAUGUGGGGGCGUAAUACUCCAAUAAACAUUAUGUGUACAAAAGAAAAAAGUUA